GAGAGAGCCAUGGUACUAACAGAGAUCUGGGACACCAGAGAGAGAGAGAGAGAGAAAGAGCAGGACAGAUCACAGUUUACAAUUGGAGAGUAACAGACUAGAAUGAUGCAACAAUAUAUAUUGGAAACUGGCAAUGAUGGAUUGGAACAAUGCAACACUGGAAUUGAAUGUGAGAACAAAUGAUUGGAAUGUUACAACAACAGAUUGGAAUGGAUUUCCAAUGGUUCAAAACGUUAGAACAGUUGAUGGAAAUAGUAAAAUAGUGGGAAGGGGUUUCAUUGCGCUGUUGAAUAGUCUUUCUACUGCUUCUGUUCGGAAGCCACCGAGUGUCUGCAUUCGAAUUAUUCUUCAGAUUAUCCAAAGCAUUUAUUAUCCAAUUCUCGCUAUUGUAGCAGUGCCUGCCAACGUAGUAACAAUUGUGAUCCUGUCCCAGAAAAAGUGUGGUCUCUCCCGAUGUGUCUCUCACUACCUGGUAGCCAUGGCAAUAGCAGAUCUACUAGUCAUUAUCAUUGACCUCAUAUUGCGACGCAUUCCAUUUGUCUAUUUGGUAGAGCAUCAUUUCUUUGAAGGUAUCCAUGUGUGUAAUAUCCACGCUGUCUUCAUUCAUGCAGCCACUGACUGUUCUGUCUGGUUCACCGUCACUUUCACCUUUGAUCGAUUUGUAGCCAUUUGUUGCCCAAAUCUGAGAAGUAAAUAUUGCAAUGUGAAAACAGCAGCCGUGGUUCUGGCAACAGUGACUGGAUUGAGCUGUUUGAAGAACAUUUUCUGGUAUUUUAUGCUUCGCAAGAAGUAUUAUGACAGCAGCACCUCCUGGUUUUGUCGGGUGAGGAGGGAUGUGCAAGUUUCUCCAGUCUGGGCAGCUAUUGAGUUCUGUCAUUACAUUAUAACACCAGGAGUUGCCUUUAUUCUCAUUCUGCUUCUCAAUGUUUUAAUGAUUAGAUACAUUGCAGUGACCAGCAGAUCCCGGAGGAGACUCCAUCAGCGGAGCAACAAAAAGAGCAUCAAAGACCCAGAGAUGAAGAGUCGAAAGAAUUCCAUCAUUUUAUUGUUUCUUCUCUCAGGAAAUUUGAUUCUGUUGUGGUCAGUAUCAAUGGUGUAUCCCAUAUUUUGGAGAAUGUAUUCUUUCGGAUAUAAGUCUGUAUAUCUGCCUCGUUAUGUAAUGGAACUGGGCUACAUGCUCCAGAUGCUGAGUUGUUGCACAAACACUGUGAUUUAUGUCAUCACACAUCCGAAGUUCAGAGAGCAUUUGAAGAAUAUUGUAUACUAUCCCUUUACUCCAAUUGUGAAAUGUAUUAAACAUUAAGACUGACUGGGAAUUACAUCAUCAGGAAUCAAUGUCACACACGUUUCUCUCUAAUCCACAGUCCUGGUGGCUUAUUAAUAGACAUCAUUGAAAGAAGAUUACAUUUCCAGGACCUUUGAUCUGUGAUUUUUUUGCCUGCCUAUUUUGACAGCCUGUGCACCUGUGCCAGUACACUGUUUAUCUACAUCUCAAUCCAAGUGUGGGUGUGUGGCUGUGCAUGUGUAGAAGCAUCAGAUAGACAGAUAGAGGAGUAGGUUCAGUAACAGACACACUACUCAAGAGUGAAUACAACAUGAUUAAAUGUUCUCCAGUUUGAGGUCGAUAAACAUGGUCCUGACGUUCGUUUUUAAACUUAAUUAAAAGGAAUGCAAAC